AUGUCAACACAAGAGAAGGCUGACGCUAUAUCUCGUGAGACAGAGAGCGAUACGCCUUCAAAACACCAACUAGUCGAAAGUCCCGGUGUACGACGCAUUGAGGCCAUCUCGAACGCGUUCAACUACCCUCUGAAAUUAGCUCUCUUCCUUGGAAUUUUUCUCCUUUCGUACAUCUACGGACUCGAUGGAAGUGUCCGUUAUACUUUCCAGACGACUGCGACGAACAGCUACUCGACGCUGCCCUUGCUAUCGACAGUAGGCACUGUCAGGUCUAUCAUCGCUGCUGCUGCCCAACCCGCGUAUGGACGUAUCGGAGACGUGUUUGGCCGUGUUGAGCUCCUUUGCGUUUCAGUCUUGUUUUAUGUGAUCGGCACAAUCGUCGAGGCAGUUGCUGACAACGUCCAUGAGUUUGCUGGUGGGGCGAUUCUGUACCAGCUAGGCAUGACUGGAGUCCAGCUGCUUGUCGAGAUUAUUAUUGCCGACGUAACCUCGCUUCGCAAUCGUCUAUUCCUGUCUUAUAUCCCUGCUACUCCAUACCUGAUAAACGCUUGGGUGAGCGGGAAUCUCGCAUCCUCAAUCCUUGUACGUAGUACUUGGCGCUGGGGCGUUGGGAUGUUCGCAAUUCUAUUGCCAGCACUCGCUCUUCCAGUCAUCAUCGUCCUUAUGCUCGCAGCACAUCGUGCUAAGCGACAGAGCAAGCUUAUCGGGCUACAGACACUCAAACAAGUCCACGGAUCAUAUGGAGCUCUUUUGGAAGAUCUGUUCUGGCGUGUGGAUAUAGUUGGCCUGAUCUUGAUUUGCGCAUUUUUAUCGCUGAUCUUGUUGCCUAUGACUAUUGCUGGAGGCGAGUCCUCGCGUUGGGGUCAUGCAGAUAUGAUCGCCAUGUUUAUUAUUGGAUUCCUUACGAUCCCGUUGUUUGUAUUCUGGGAGGCAAAGUUUGCGAGGUUCCCAGUUAUGCCGUUCCAUCUCCUAACGGAUCGCUCCAUAAUUGGAGCAUUGCUUUGUGCUGUGUUCCUCAAUACCGUUUGGUAUCUCCAGGGAGACUACCUAUUUACAGUCCUUCAGGUCUCCUUCGAUCAAACAGUACUCAGCUCGACGCGGAUUGCCUUUCUUUACUCUUUCGUCUCAGUCAUUACCGGGCUCGUAGUCGGCAUCGUUGUGCGCUACAUUCGGUAUAUUAAAUGGUUCGCUGUAACCGGCGUCCUCAUCUUCACACUGGGAAUGGGAAUGCUUGUGCGGUUCCGAGGCACGGGUGGAAGUGGCGAAACAUCUGGAAUGAUUGGUUCGCAGAUUGUUCUUGGCAUCGCGGGUGGGUUUACGCCGUAUACCGUGCAAGCCCUUGUACAAGCUGCAACGAAGCAUGAACAUGUUGCUCUGGUUACUGCACUUUAUCUUUCCGCAUAUAACGUUGGAUCUGCUAUUGGUGCCGCUAUCUCUGGCGCUAUCUGGACGAACACCCUACCUGGAAAGUUGAAUUUCUAUCUUGGGAAUAGUACACUUGCAACAGAGGCAUAUGGUGCACCUCUGACGUUCAUCGUUUCGCAUCCCUUUGGGACGCCUGAACGCACGCAAAUGGUCAAAGCCUAUAACGACGCCCAGCGGUUAUUGUGUAUCACAGGCGUGUGCUUGUGCGUGCCGUUCUUGCUUUGUGCACUCGUUUUGAGAAAUCCGAGGCUCGGUGAUCGGCAGAGCCUUGAGGAGGCAGAGAAUGAUGUGGUGGUGGGUGAGAUUCAGAGCGGGUCGAAUUUGAAGGCUUGAAGUUAGGCAGGUAAUCGGGACUUUACGGUAGUUUCAUAUCUUCUAUGUCUAUUUAAGGUUCUUCUAUACAUAUCGGCCACCCCAGC